CGCCAAUUGUGAAACUUUGCGCUCAAUUUUUUGGUACCUUUUUAUUAGCGAUUGAUUUGUGUUAUUGUUGUCCGCAUUUUGGUCUGUCUUCAGCUCAUUAUCUCUAACCUCUUCCCAAACAAUGGCCGCCGAAGACAACCGAUCCAAUGAUAACGUGGAGUGUGUGCUCCGUAACGGUCACUGCGAGGGACACACGGACUUCACGUUCAUCGCCGACGGCCACAAAUUAAUGACAUGCGGUCUCGAUAUGGAGGUGAGAGUGUGGCCGUCAGAUGAUAACGAUGACCAACAGUCCACCGAUGAUAACACAUCGUUCACCAUCGCUGACACCGCGUACGCCAUUGUGGCUAAUUCGACAGAGUUCUUCAUCGCUUGCGAUUCCAAUAGCGUUAAGUCCUAUGCGAUGGCCGACGGAGAGAAUGAGACCACUGUUUGCCGAUUUACUACAAACGCCACUCAUCUGGACAUUAGCGCCGACGGCAAGUGGUUGGCCGCGUCCGCGGCUGAUUUUACAUUAAAACUAAUAAAUCUUGAAAAUAAAGACCAAACGUGUUUUGAAGGACACGCGGCGCCCGUACUUAGCGUGGCGUUGGAUCCGAAACGCCAGUUCAUAGCUUCAUCGAGUUGUGACGGCAGUGUCCGCGUCUGGAACGCCGAGACCAAGACAUGUGUCCACUAUUGGUCCGAUUGUUUCCCAAAAAGUAAUGAUUUCGAAAACUCCAAGACAUUGGGCCGCGUGUGUUGGGAGCCGACGAGUGGCCACUUGAUUGCCGUUCCCCACAUCGAUCGGGUCGAUGUCCACCGACGCGAUACCUGGGAUUUGGUCACCACUUACCGACACAACCAACUUAACGAAGUAUCGAUCGCCACCUAUUCGUCAGACGGCAAGUAUAUGGCUGUCGGCACCAGCGAUGGUGUUGUCAUGAUUUGGGGGACAGCGUCUACAAACGCGGAACCGAUCGCGAAGUUCUUUCACAACAAAUCGCUUCGUAUCACAGCAUUGAAAUGGAUGCCGAAGUCGUCGACACAACUCUGCUUUUGCGAUAUCAACGGACAGUUCGGUGUAUUG